AUGGCCCUUCCUCGCAUCAAGGAAAGGUCAUCUGGAUCCCUCAACAAAAUAAUUAAUAUCGUUACGUCAUCUCUUAGUGCUUUAGAGACAUUAGGAUGCCCGAUUAAUCAAUGGGUUCACAUCCUCGUUCUUCAGGUGGUAUUAGCGUUGGAUGACAAGACUCGCGAAGACUGGGAAACAAGAUUAGGAACAUCACGCGAGUUCCUACAACUAGAUAAACAAAUGAGUCAUCUCACUAGCACGGCUGGAGCACUGGAACCUAUCGAGACUCGUAGGUCUUACGAGGAAUUCAAAAGAACAUCCUUACGGCCCAAAUCUGCCGCCACAAGGUCCUACGCAAGGUCCUUAAACGUAAAGGCUGAGGCUACUACGCCUACACCGAUAUCUCAGUCUACACGAUCAUCUCAGUCAUCAUUGGAUAAAAGGCCAAUUAAAAAACAUCCGAUGCGAUUUAUAACAGACCUCUCCAAUACUUGCAGUUAUUGUAGUCAUAAGCACUACAUCGCCUUCUGUCCUCUAUUUAAGAGUCUAAGUCAACAGAAGAAGGAGAAGGUCAUAGCAGAAUCUCGCCUAUGUUAUAACAGUUUAGGCAGGCAUAACGUUAGGCAAUGCAGGAGUACUAGGCGAUGCAACCAGUGUGGAGAUCGGCACCACACGCUCAUACAUACCGAGAAAAGGAUGACAUCGUCCAGGACAUUUCCUCCUACAACAAGAACAUCUCCUCCAUCGUCUAGGACAUCUCCACCUAUGACAAAGACAUCUCAUCCAAUAUCAUGGUCAUCGCCGCCAAUCUCAAGAACUUCAAGCUCUCUUUCAGAGACAACACAGACAUUUCAGAGAGUCUCGACCUCGCAGGGCUCACGGGUAUCGUCGGAUGAGUCACUGAGAGAGAAUCGUCGAAAAUCUUUAAAAAAGUCAUCUCAUCGCCGAUCCUCUAGUCCGAAGUCAUCAUCAUCCAAUUCCGGUACGUCGACUCCCAAACACCUCUCCCAGCCGAAGGCUUCCACUCAUGACUCCUCUCACAAGUCAUCUUCAUCUCGAUCAUCUCCUCCUAAGUCCAUAUCUACCAAGAAGAGUUCUUCUUAG